AAUAUAUUGGUCAUCUUCUUCACAGAAAACCCCCUAAAGAAAAAUCUAAAAAUUAGACAGAGAGAGAUAUAUCUUGACAUUCAAGAGAAAAAUGCAAGAGGGAAUUUUUUUUAAUCUGACUUUUAUUUUCUACUUCCUUCUUGUUCUUGGUUGCCUUCAACAGAAGAACAGCUAUGCAAGAAUGCUGCAGUCAAAAGUUAGUGAUAGAGAGAUGGUUGAAACGAACAAAAAUCCUUCACUCAAUGUUUUCUUCACACCAAAUGAUCUAAAACUUGGAAAAAAGAUGCCAAUUUUUUUCCCAAUCAAAAACUUUUCAGAAAUUCCAAAACAACUUCCCAAAGAAAUGGCAGAAAAAAUCCCUUUCUCAUUAGCAAAUCUCUCUUAUCUUCUUCAAUUCUUCUCCAUUUCCAAAGAUUCUCCACAAGCCAAGGCUAUGGAGUACACUCUCACACAGUGUGAACUUGAGCCAAUGGAAGGAGAGACCAAGUUCUGUGCUACUUCUUUAGAAUCCUUAUACUUUUCGACACGUGGCUUUUUCGGGUUCUACGGGUCAGUGAAAGCUGAGGCUACUGUUUAUCCAAAGAACUUCAAGACAGAAUUGCAAAACUACACAAUCUUGGAAGAACCCACAAAAAUUUUGGCUUCAAGGAUACUGUCUUGUCAUUUGAUGCCAUAUCCUUAUUUGGUGUUGUAUUGUCAUAGCCAAGUGAGUGAUAACGUUUUGUAUAAGGUUAUUGUUGAAGGUGAAAAUGGAGAUAGAGUUGAAAGUCUGGCCAUUUGUCAUGUUGAUACUUCUGGAUGGGAUAGUGAUCAUGUGGUUUUUAGAGUGUUGAAUGUUGAGCCUGGUGAAUCCUCUGUUUGUCAUUUUUACCCCAAGGAUAAUAUUGUUUUUGUUUCUGAUGUUUGAGUGUAUUGGGAUAGUAUAUGAAUGAAAUUGUAGGUCUCUUAAAGUGUUUUGUGUUGUUAAAAUGGUGUGAAGCCUGUGUGUUCAUGUAAUAUAUCUUUGUUUUUUCUUGGCUUGCUUCA